AUGAGGUCCUUCACCACUUCAGCCUUUGUAAAGGCUUCGCUUUUCUCGGUUGCCUUGGCUUCCCCAGCUCCGACAGCUUUCGUUAAUGUUGCACCCGCCGAUCCUGUCGUCACAGCUUCGCCAGUUGAAAAUUAUCCGUCUCCGGUCGUUGCUCGAAACAUUAUAAGCGAUGUUGAAUCAGAUGCCAACAAUGUGCUCUCAGAUCUUGGGUCGGGCCUGCCCUCAUGGGUCGCAUCUGGAGUGCCCAACUUCUUCCAGGGAUUCCCAACUGGAGACGCAGUUGCGAGCUCCCUCGGACUGAAUGAUGAUGACUUAGCAGCACUGCCAACCAACGUGUUGAAUAUUGACCCUUAUGCCAAUUGGACCAACUCGGGAUGGAACGUACGUUUCCACGGAAAUGUCUACAAACAACCCAACACCUCUGUUUCAACCCUCAACAAGCUUGCCGACGUCUUCCUGGUCAACACCAGUAUCUCAGAGCUUCCCAAGUCCCAGGCUGACCAAGCUCGUAAUCUCACUGCCGAGAUUUUCAUUGUUCAACAGCCCGAAGUCGCCGUCAACACGAUUCACCUGGAACCUGCCGCGGGCCAGGGAUCUAGCGGACAGCCUGGCGGUGGUGGAUCGUCAAACACAACCGGUGGCGCACAAGACAUCACUUUGCCUUACAACACUACUGUCGAGGGUGACUUUGAUACUUUCUUGCCAAUUGCUAGCAAGGGACUCACCGCAGGAAACGAAACUUCGGCGAUCCAGAGACUGGACGUCCACGUCAAAAACGCAACCAUUGGAAACAGCACGGCCUAUCUUGUGCCCCCGACUGGUCUUACCAUUGUUUCUGAUAUCGAUGAUAUCUUGCGUGUGACCAAGAUCUACGAGCCUGAGCAAGGGCUGCUUAAUUCCUUCGCUCGUCCAUUCACAGCAUGGGAAAACAUGCCAGACAUUUACCGCAACUGGUCUACCAGCCUCCCUGACAUGCAUUUCCACUACCUCACCACGACCCCAGAGCAGAUAACACGGAACUACAUGGAGUUUAUCUAUGCCAACUUCCCCGGUGGCUCGUUCGACACACGCCCUCUCAACUUCAGCGAUGUUUCUGCCACUCUGUCGAUUCGCAAGUUCUUGCUGCAGAAAGUCUUCGAGACCUUCCCCGAGCGCAAGUUCAUUUUGAUUGCCGACACCAGCAACAGCGAUGUCAUGCGCGACUACCCUCAGAUGGCGACCGAGUUCCCUGGCCAAGUCCAGUGUAUCUGGCUUCGCAACACCAGCGCAACGGACACGGGUGACAAGUUCCCCUACGACACCUCCGGCUUCAAGUCUCUCAACCAGUCAAACUACAUGUUCUUCUUGCAUGCAGAUGAUUUGAGCAACUUGGAUCUGGCAAAGGGAGAGUGUUACAACACUUCUAUCCCCCAGAACGUGACUUUUAGUUACCAGGGACUGCCGGGCGGUGUUGGAACUAAGCCAACAUCUGUAAAUGGCUCUGCAAACCACACUGGCGCUGCUAGUGGAAAUUUGAAGGAGUCUGCCGAGACCAAGAGCAUCAUGGCUUUGGUAGCGGCGUUGGCUACGGCCACUUUCAUGUUCAUGUAA